AAUUGUAAUUUUUGAGAAAUCAUAGUACUAUGAUAACAAAUUUGGUGAAAAUACGUGUUCAAAUUGAAGAUGAACCCUUACUGAAAUCUUAAAUAUUAAUGAACAACUCUAGUUAUGUGUCCCUCUUGUGUGAUGUCUCUUCCAUCUACUUUUUAUUUUCUAAAUCGAUAUCCAUAUAGUCUCCAAUGGGACAUCAAGCGGUACGACCUCUUGUGUGUGAACAGUGAGGUUCCGGAUUCAAACCCCACUACUCUCCCUCCCCAACUCUCCCAAGUAAAAAAAAAAAAAUGGGUAUCCAUACACCUUACGUAAGUCUCCAACUCUCUCUCUAUAUAUAUACGUUGAUAGAGUUGUGAGACCUAAGUCCAAAUGUACUUCACUUCUAAGUCCUAACUCUCCAAAUAUCUUAUAAUUCACUAGUAAAAUACAACCCCCCCCCCCCCCCCACCCCCCACCCCACCCAACCCAAAAAAAUGAAAAAAAUUAAAGAAAGGCCUCAUGCAGUAAUGUUUCCCUACCCUCUCCAAGGCCACGUCAUCCCAUUUGUAAACCUAGCCCUAAAACUUGCCUCAAAUGGCUUCACCAUCACCUUCAUCAACACCGAUUCCGUCCACCACCAAAUCUCCCGCUCCCGCGGCCUCCACCUCGACCACGACGUCUUCCUCGAAUCCCGUCAACACGGCCUCGACAUCCGCUACGCCACCCUCACCGACGGCUUCCCGCUCGCCUUCGACCGCUCCCUCCACCACGACCAAUUCUUCGAGGGCAUCAUGCACGUCUUCCCCGCCCACGUCGAUGACCUACUUGCCAGAAUCACCACCCUCGACCCCACCAUCAACACCAUCAUCGCCGACACCUUCUACGUCUGGCCCUCCUCCCUUGCUCGGAAAUAUAAUCUCCUUAACGUCUCUUUCUUCACCGAGCCAGCUCUCGUCAUCACCUCUUACUACCACGUCCACCUCCUCAAGGAGAAUCGCCAUUUUGCUUCCUCAGCCGGGAAUCGGAGCGAUGCGAUCGAGUACAUACCGGGAGUAAAAUCCAUAGCGACGGCGGAUUUGCCGUCGUAUCUUCAAGAAGAAGGUGAUCUCAACACAACCGUGCAUCGCAUCAUCGACCGAUGCUUCAAAGACGCGAAGAAGGCAGAUUUCAUGCUAUGCAACACGGUUGAAGCUUUCGAGCAAGACACCAUCGCAGCCCUACGUCAAAUCCAGCCCUUCUACGCGAUCGGCCCGGUUUUCGACAAGAACCGGAUCUCGACCAGCCUCUGGGCCGAGUCGGACUGCGCUGCGUGGCUCGACAGCAAGCCACGUGGCUCGGUCUUGUACAUCUCCUUCGGGAGCUACGCUCACACUAGUAAGCAUGUGAUUGAGGAGGUGGCCAAUGGCCUGUUGCUUAGUGGGGUCCACUUCAUUUGGGUGCUCCGGCCCGACAUCGUCAGCUCGGAGCACCCCGAGGUCCUACCCGUCGGUUUCGAGCGACGGGUUGAGGGCAGCGGGCUUAUUGUGCCGUGGUGCGAUCAGAUCGAGGUUAUCUCUCACCCGAGUGUCGGAGGGUUUCUGACGCACUGUGGAUGGAACUCGAUUCUCGAGAGUAUAAAAUGUGGCGUGCCCUUGAUUUGUUAUCCUUUGUUGACUGACCAAUUCACUAAUAGGAAAUUGGUGGUGGAUGAUUUGAAGAUUGGAAUCAAUUUGUGUGACAAGAAAUCAACGCCAACAAGAAAAGGAGUUGCGGAAAGGGUUAAUUAUUUGAUGAGAUCACAAGAGAUAAGGCAACAAAUCAAAGAAGUUGGCAAAAUAUUAGUGGAUGCAAUGGGAGUUGAUGGGUCUUCUGUGGUAAAUUUCAAUCAAUUUGUGGAAGAUCUAACGACCAAGAUUGCUGCGAUAAAGGGCUCUUUGGUUAAGGACGAUUGAGGGGUCAAUUAUGUUUAUCCUUUUAUGGGGUAUGAUUGUCUUUAUUCUAUUUUGUUCUAUUAUUUGUUGGGUGCUCGUGUCAAGUUGUUAGAAUCUCGAAUAUCGUAUAAUGAUAUUUUAUUUUUGUGUAAA